AUGGAAAUAGCUUUGAACAUGAAUGGCUGCAUAGAAGAGUUUAUGAAUGCUCUUGAACCGUUCAUGAAGGUAACUUCAUCUACUACAUCUUCUACUCCAUCUUCAUCAAAACCAAAACCCUUAACUCCUAAUAACCAAACCUUACCGGUAUACCAAGCCGGUCCAAUUGGGCUAAACCAGCUCACUCCCACUCAAAUCCUCCAAAUUCAAACAGAGUUACAUCUCCGGCAAAACCAAUCUCGCCGUCGCGGCGGUGGCCAGAAACUCCAUCCUCUCACCGUCAAACCAACACCAAUGAAGAAAACCGACGUAACCAAACCGGUUAAACUAUACCGAGGUGUAAGACAACGGCAUUGGGGCAAAUGGGUUGCUGAGAUUCGUUUACCUAAAAACCGAACCCGAUUAUGGCUCGGUACGUUUCAAACCGCGGAAGAAGCUGCAUUAGCUUACGAUCAAGCUGCUCAUAAGAUCAGAGGAGAAAACGCUCGUCUCAAUUUCCCGAUAAUCGCUCGUUACGGAGAGUAUAAACAGUCAUUGUCUCCUUCUAUCAACGCGAAGAUCGAAUCCAUCUGCAAUAGCUCAGAUACUCUGCCUGAGGUUAAGAAACCGGCGAAAACAGAGGAAGGGUCCUUUGGUUUUCAUUACACGGGUCCUAAACCGGAGCAAGAACGCGAAGAUUCGGAGAAUUUCGGAUGCGGGUUUUCGGGUUCCUCUCCUGAGUCGGAUAUAACGUUGUUGGAUUUCUCAAGAGAGUGGAUGAAGGAAGAUGAGAGCUUUUUUAUGGGUUUGCAGAAGUUUCCUUCUUUGGAGAUUGAUUGGGAGGCUAUAGAUAAACUCUCUGGAUCCACAUAA